AUGCCAUUCGGAUUAACUAAUGCUCCAGCAACAUUCCAACGAUUAAUGGACAUAGUGUUAGCCGGUCUCAAGUGGCAAUGCUGUCUCGUUUACAUCGACGAUGUGGUAAUUUUCUCACCAACAUUCGAACAACAUGUGAAAGAUUUAGAAAAAGUAUUCCAAGCUCUUCAAUCAGCAAAUCUGACUUUGAAAACAUCAAAAUGUCAAUUCUGCCGUCGAGAAAUGCGUUACUUGGGACACAUUAUCACUCAGAAUGGCAUUAAACCAGAUCCAGAUUUAAUUAAAUCAGUGACAAACUUUCCUCAACCGAAAAAGAUCAAAGAUGUUCAAUCAUUUCUUGGUUUAACCGGUUAUUACCGUCGAUUCAUCAAAGAUUACUCAAAAAUAGCCGAACCAUUAUUACAACAGUUGCGAAACUGUCAAAAAGGCAAUCAUCAUUUAAAAUGGUCAAAAGAAUGCACCGACGCUUUUGAAACAUUAAAACAAAGAUUAACAAAUGCACCAAUUAUGAACACACCAAAUUUCGAACAGUCGUUCAUAUUGGAGCUCGACGCUUGUGAAUAUGGCCUAGGGGCCAUAUUAACACAAGAAUAUGAUGGGGAAAAAUAUGUAAUAGCUUACGCAAGUCGAACAUUAUCAACUGCCGAAAGAAAAUAUGGAGCGACAGAGCGUGAAGCAUUAGCCAUUGUAUGGGCAACAAAAUAUUUUCGUCCAUACCUCGAAGGUAAUAAAAUUUAUAUUAGAUCAGAUUGUAAAGCAUUAGAAUGGAUGCGUACGGCAAAAGAUGUAACAGGUCGAUUGGCCCGGUGGGCGAUGAAAUUAUCUGCUUAUCAAAUUGAAGAAAUCAAAUAUCGUCCGGGAAAAUUAAACGCUAACGCCGAUUCGUUAUCACGCAAUCCAUUACCAAAUGAUGAUAUUAAUCAACUCGAAGUGUCAACAAUCGAAACAGCUGUUAACUUAUGGCAAAAUACAAACAUUCUUGGCGAUGUAAGAAAAGAACAAGAAGCUGACUCCAAAUUAAAACCAAUAAUAGAAUUAUUAAAAACAAAACCAUCAACAGAUUUUAAUGAUAAACGUAAUCCCCACAUUCUUAUAAAUGGAUUAUUGUACAAAAUUAAAAACGCCAAUAAACAUUACAAUCAACG